GAAAUUCAACGUCAUGAAGACUUUUCUGUUAAACCAGAAAACAAAAUCCAUAACUUAGAUACCUCGGAAUGGCCAUUGUUACUAAAAAAUUAUGAUAAAUUGAAUGUACGCACUGGCCAUUACACACCUUUAACAAAUGGUAUGUCACCACUGAAAAGACCAAUUCGUGAUUAUAUUAAGUGUGGAUUUAUAAAUUUGGAUAAACCGGCUAAUCCUUCAUCUCACGAGGUUGUAGCUUGGAUUCGUAGAAUACUGCGAGUCGAAAAAACUGGCCACAGUGGUACACUCGAUCCUAAAGUGACUGGUUGUCUGAUUGUUUGCAUUGAAAGAGCUACAAGAUUAGUAAAAUCUCAACAAGGAGCUGGUAAAGAAUAUGUAUGCGUUAUUCGAUUACAUGAAGCGAUUGAAAACGAGGCCGUUCUAGCUAGGACACUAGAAACUCUAACAGGAGCACUUUUUCAACGACCUCCUCUUAUAUCUGCUGUCAAAAGGCAGUUAAGAAUACGAACUAUAUAUGAAAGCAAAUUGAUAGAAUUUGAUAAAGAUAGGCAUUUAGGUGUGUUUUGGGUAAGCUGUGAAGCUGGCACGUAUAUUCGUACCCUCUGCGUUCAUAUGGGGUAUUUAAUUGGCUGUGGAGCACACAUGCAAGAACUUCGAAGAGUCCGAUCUGGAAUCCAAUCUGAACAGGAUGGUAUGGUAACGAUGCAUGAUGUUCUAGAUGCUCAAUGGGUUUACGAUAACUCCAAAGACGAAAGUUACCUUCGCCGUGUCAUUAAACCAUUGGAAGCCCUUUUAACAUCCCAUAAACGCUUAGUGGUGAAAGAUAGUGCGGUCAAUGCUAUUUGUUAUGGUGCUAAAUUAAUGAUUCCAGGACUGCUAAGAUAUGAAUCUGGUAUUGAAGUGAACUCUGAAGUAGUAAUAAUGUCGACAAAAGGAGAAGCUGUUGCUUUAGGUAUCGCUCUCAUGACAACAGCAGUUAUGGCUACUUGCGAUCAUGGCUCUGUAGCUAAGAUAAAACGAGUGAUCAUGGAUAGGGAUACCUACCCUAGAAAGUGGGGUCUAGGACCGAUGGCUCUAAAAAAGAAAAAGAUGGUAGCAGCUGGUUUAUUAGAUAAAUAUGGUAAACCCAAUCAAAAUACACCAGCUGAUUGGCAAGAAAAUGGUCAAGCCAAAACUGUGUCUUCCAUGAAUGAAAGUAGUGCUAUGAAAACUCCUGAUGCUACAUCAUCGGUAUUGGGCCAAACCAAGAAAGAAAAGAAAGAAGAAGAAAAGAAGGAAGAAAAGAAAGAAAAGAAGGAAGAAAAGAAAGAAAAGAAAGAAAAAAAAGAAAAGAAAGAGAAGAAGGAGGAAAAGGAAGCAAAGAAGGAAAAAAAAGAGAAAAAAGAAAAAAAGCAAGAUGAAUCACAAGUUUGUGCAGUAUUUAAAUAUCUUUGCUCUCCAAUAGAUAUAAAUUACUCUUGUUAA